CAGGCUGUCACCAACCCGGUCUGCACCUUCUGCCGGACGUGACUGGCUCCUCCCCAGAUGCGACUCAGGUGGGCAAGUAGUAUAAAAGUCCCUGAUCCUGCAGAAAAAAGACAAGACUCAGGACGCCAGUGAGGACAUGGGCACGGCGGACAGGACACGUCUUCUUGUCGCAGAGUAAGGCGUGUUCAAUAAAUCUUUUACCCAGGAUACUGCAGACGAUUGGUUCCAAAGUUCAAGGGUAAGAACAACCAGGAGAGCGAGAGGAGCGGAGAGCCCGACGAGGACGAGUCAAAGAAAAGUGUCAAGGUGAUUCAUUUUGUGAAAUCACGCUGGUGUUCGACAGGAGUAAAGACAAACAAGAAAAAGAAAAAAGGAAAAAAACAUGGCCGACGGCACGAGUACAAGAGGAAACUCUGGUGAAUUUGCCAAAAAAUUCCAAAGGCGGCUGAGCAGAGGCAAAGAAAAGGUUCUACAGAGGCUGGGAAAGGCUGCGGAGACCAGAGACGACGAAUUUGAAGUUUGUCAGCACUUAUUCAAUGACCAGCAGGUCGAUGGGAACCGCAUCCACAAAGACCUGAGGAGCUACAUCAGCGCCGUCAGAGACAUGCGUGAGGCAUCGCGGCGUCUUUCCCAGUCUCUGUUCGACGCCUACGAAAACGACUGGGCCGGAGAGGAAGACCUGGGCGCCAUUGUGGAGGGGGAGGAUCUUCUGUGGAACGACUACGAGGUGAAGAUUUUGGACCAGGCCGUUCGCACCAUGGAGUCCUACGUGAGCCAGUUCCCGGACGUCAGGGAGAAAGUUGCCAAGAGGGGAAGGAAGCUGGUCGACUACGACUCCUCCCGUCACCACCUGGAGGCGCUGCAGACCGCCAAGAAGAGGGACGACGUCAAGAUCAACAAGGCAGAGGAGGAGAUGAAUUACGCCAAAACUGUCUAUGAGGGCAUCAACAAUGAUCUAAAAGAGGAGCUGCCUGCGCUCUACGACAGCCGCGUCGGAUGCUACGUGGCUGUCUUCUCGGCCGUGGCAAAUUUACGGGACAUCUUCUACACGGAGAUGCGCACGCUCAAUGUCGACCUGCGGAGCGUGGUGAGGGAGCUGCAGGCUCAGCAUCCAGACAAAGUGUUUUCCGUGAGGGGAAUGCAGCGCUAUGGCUCCCUGAGGCGACGGACUCUCAUGUCCCCCAAGGCCUGGAAAAGCAGCUUUUCUGAGUUCCACAAGAACUACAGCCCCAAAGCCGGCCCCAGGUUUAGUUUCAGGUCCCCGGACAAGCCCCGGCGCAGCACCCUGUCCAGAGAGGGCAGCACCCUGUCCCGGGACGGCAGCACCCUGUCCAGAGAGGGCAGCACCCUCGCCGUCUCGCCGCAGUCCCCGACUCUGGAUCAUCCCUCCGUUGAGUCCGGGGACCUGGACGCUGAGUCAAGCCACGGUGGGAGCCACAGUUCUCCCCCACGGGAGGACGACGCAGCGGGGACGGCGGGUGGAGACGAGCUGAAGUCGGGAGGAGAAGACCGUAAUCGGGUGGGAGAGGAGAAGGGCGAGGAGGACGAGGCGUCCGAGCCGGAGCCCCCCGCCGAGUCUGAUGAUAAGGGCGACGUCGGGGAGGCCCCGCCGGCCAGCGACAGCAGCUCUGAGCUGGACAACUCGGUGGAUUCAUUACAUUCAGAGAGCCUGGAGCUGCAGCUGUCCGCGGCAGACAACGGCCAACUGCACAUUGAAGAAAGAGAAGACAGCCCGCUGACCCCGGACGCCCGGAAACCCAACGGACUGGAGAACGGUGACGUGUCUGGCUUUGUUCCGCACAAGGAUGCUCCUGCAGAAACCACGCGGGAUUCCAAAAGCACAGACGUAUGAGGUCGUCACACUUUGACACAAGAAAUGCACAGAGGAGAUUAAAUUCAACAGCUGCACCAGAGGAAAAAAAAUGUGGCGGCCGACAGCUGCACUCGAAUGUCCAACUGGUGUCAUGGCUGAUGUUCUGUGCAGAGACUUGUUCGUUUUUUUAAAUGUAUCUUUUUAUUGAAAUCAAUUGUAAAUACCAACUUAAUGAAAAACGGAGAUGGAUGAAAGAUGGAAGAAAACAGACUACAACAUAGUCGCAGUACAAACAUUUACUGUCUCAGUUUCAUGGAGAACAGAUGCUGAACUAUAAGCUAAUAAUGACAUUGGCAAAAGGACUGAAAACAGAUAGAGGUUUUUCUUUUGUUUUUACUUUUGUGAAUUUUAUUUAUCCAAUUUUCACGGCAGGGAUUCCUUUUCCAUUUCAGUUUGAAGUUAAUGUUUGAUUCUUCUUUCUACUCACCAAAUGUGAAUCUGCUAAUAAUCGAGUGUAUUUAAACUUUUGAGGCACAUCUAAAGUUAGGAUCUAUCUGAAAUAUUGUGAAACUUAAUAAAGAAUGAUUUAAUUAAUA